CGGAGCCCGGCAUGGGGGGGCCGGCGUCCGGCAGGCCAGUGGAUCCGGGACCCAGGGAGGGCCGUCCUCCGGGCCUGGUGGCUCUAAGCAGGGCCCCCCAGCCCCCACCUCCUACUUCACGACAUGAACCUUCUCUACCGAAACACCAAGCUGGAGUGGAGGCAGCACAAGGAGGAGGAGGCCAACAGGAGCUCCAGUAAGGAGGUGGCUCCUGCAGGCUCGGUAGGGCCCGGGGCUGGCCCAGGGCCCGGGGUCCGUGUGCGGGACAUCGCCUCUCUGCGCCGCUCCCUCAGGAUGGGCUUCAUGACUAUGCCCGCCUCCCAGGAGCACACCCCCCACCCCUGCCGCAGCGCCAUGGCCCCUCGAUCCCUCUCCUGCCACUCGGUGGGCAGCAUGGACAGUGUGGGGGGUGGUCCUGGGGGAGGAGGUGGGGGUCUCACUGAGGACAGCAGCACACGAAGACCCCCGGCCAAGCCCCGGAGACACCCCAGCACCAAGCUCAGCAUGGCAGGGUCCGGGGCAGAGACGCCCCCUAGCAAGAAGGCAGGCUCCCAGAAGCCAGCCCCAGAGGGCCGAGAGUCUAGCCGGAAGGUUCCUCCACAGAAGCCCAGGCGAAGCCCCAACACCCAGCUCUCUGUCUCCUUCGAUGAGUCCUGCCCCCCAGCUCCCUCUCCCCGAGGGGGAAACUUGCCCCUUCAGCGCCUCAGUAGAGGGUCCUGCAUCGCUGGGGACCCUGAGGUGGGUUCCCAAGAAGAGGAGCCAGUGUACAUUGAGAUGGUGGGGGACGUCUUCAGGGGAGGAGGGAGAUGUGGAGGGGGCCUGACUGGGCCCCCUCUUGGGGGUGGGGGUCCGACCCCUCCAGCUGGCGCUGACUCAGACUCGGAAGAGAGUGAGGCCAUAUACGAGGAGAUGAAAUAUCCGCUGCUCGAGGAGGCAGGGGAAGGCCGGGCCAAUGGGCCCCCUUCGCUGACCAUCGCCUCCUCGCAACACCAGCCUCAUGCCCUCCAGCCCCACACCCACCAUCGUCCAGCCUCCGCCCUCCCAAGCCGGAGGGACGGGACCCCCACCAAGACCACUCCUUGUGAAAUCCCCCCGCCCUUCCCUAACCUCCUUCAGCAUCGCCCUCCACUUCUGGCCUUCCCCCAAGCCAAGCCCGCUUCCCGAACCCCUGGCGAUGGGGUCUCAAGGCUACCAGUCCUCUGCCACUCCAAGGAGCCAGUGGGCUCUACCCCAGCUCCCCAAGUGCCUGCCCGAGAGCGGGAGACGCCUCCCCUACCACCGCCGCCUCCUGCUGCCAACUUGCUGCUGCUGGGACCCUCGGGCCGGGCCCGGAGCCACUCAACACCGCUGCCACCCCAGGGCUCUGGCCAGCCCCGGGGAGAGCGGGAGCUCCCCAACUCCCACAGCAUGAUCUGCCCCAAGGCGGCAGGGGCGCCGGCAGCCCCUCCUGCCCCAGCCACCUUGCUCCCUGGCCCCCCCAAGGACAAGGCCGUGUCUUACACCAUGGUGUACUCAGCAGUCAAGGUGACCACCCACUCCGUCCUGCCAGCUGGGCCUCCCUUGGGUGCUGGGGAGCCCAAGACAGAGAAGGAGAUCUCGGUCCUCCAUGGGAUGCUGUGCACCAGCUCGAGGCCCCCCUUACCUGGGAAGUCCAGCCCCCACAGCGGAGCCAUGGGCACAGCAGCUGGGGUUCUCCAUCACCGAGGCUGCCUGGCCUCCCCACACAGCCUUCCGGACCCAACUGCAGGCCCCCUAACCCCCCUCUGGACCUACCCAGCCUCCGCAGCUGGGCUUAAGAGACCCCCUGCCUAUGAAAGCCUCAAGGCUGGGGGGGUGCUGAAUAAGGGCUGUGGAAUGGGGGGCCCAUCCCCCCUGGUCAAGAUCCAGCUGCAAGAGCAAGGGACUGAUGGGGGUGCCUUUGCCAGUAUUUCCUGUGCCCACGUCAUCGCCAGUGCAGGGACACCAGAAGAAGAGGAGAUGGGCGCAGCGGCAUUUGGGGCAGGCUGGGCUCUGCAGCGGAAGGUCCUGUAUGGAGGAAGGAAGGCAAAAGAACUGGACAAGGCUGAGGAGAGUGCCCGGGCCUGGAACGGCAGCACCGAGGGUCCAGCCAAGGCGGAGCGCGAGGACAGGGGUCCUGUGGCAUCAGGGAUCCCAGUGAGGAGCCAGGGGGCAGAGGGCCUGCUGGCCAGGAUCCACCACGGAGGAGACCGAGGAGGGAGUCGCACGGCGCUGCCCACACCCUGCCAGACCUUCCCGGCCUGCCACCGAAACGGAGACUUCACCGGAGGCUACCGCCUGGGGCGCUCUGCCUCCACCUCGGGAGUCCGGCAGGCCGUGUUCCACACCCCCAGACCCUGCAGUCAGCCCCGGGAUGUUCCCAGCCAGACCCACCCUGCACUGCCGCUGCCUCUGCCCCUGCCGCCCCAGCCGGCCCGCGAGCGCGACGGCAAGCUGCUGGAGGUGAUCGAGCGCAAACGCUGCGUGUGCAAGGAGAUCAAGGCGCGCCACCGGCCCGACCGGGGCCUCUGCAAGCAGGAGAGCAUGCCCAUCCUCCCCAGCUGGCGGCGGGGGCCCGAGCCCCGAAAGUCCGGCACCCCGCCCUGCCGCCGGCAGCACACCGUCCUCUGGGACACUGCCAUCUGAGGAGGGCGGGAGCCGGGGCAGCAGGACUGGGGAGCAGGGCAGGGCUCUCCGAGAGACUUGCCUUGAAUGAGGGACCCUGGAAGGACCAGGUGAGAGAGAGCCACCCCGGCCCUUCAUCCCAACCCCUGGAGGCGGGGAGUCUGCCAGGCCCAGCGGGCUGGGGGCACUAGCAGUACCCACAGACAUUUGGGGGAGGCGGAGGGUUUGCUUGAAGUUGGGAGUGAGGCUCUCGCUGCUCUUCCCACUCAGCGUGGUAGACCCCUCCCGAGAGAGCAAAGGCCAAGCCAGAGGUCAGCAUGGGGGUGGAGGGAAGGGUUAGGGAGGAAGGGGACGGGCCGAUUGAAGGAGGGACUGGAGAGUGAGAGGUGAAGGAGCUCUUAUAGAGUCGGGAAUUGGGGAGGGCAUAUUUAUUUUAUUUAUUUUAGUCUAGAGGGCAAUUCUGCCACCCCCCCUCCCCCAAGCAGGGAGUGGGGAGUCGAGAGCAGUUAAAGGAAAGCACGUUUGCACUCUCCCCAACGCCUAAAGGCCCCACAAUCCAGGCCUGCCCCAAAGCUAGGGGUUGGUCUGGAGGGCAGCAGACUCAUUUACAGUAUUUACAAGUCGCCAGAAUUUGGUAGGGAGCUGGCCUGUUCUGAAACAGGCAUCUUCUUUAGCUCUGGAGUGAGGGUCUGGCACCAGGGAUGGGUGGGAUGAUGG